CGAGUCACGAGGGCAGGAGACAGCGUCGGUCACGUGAGCGCUGGGAGGGCAGGGAGGCGCGAGGGAGCUGUGCGUCCGCCAGUAUCCAAGAUGGCGGUGUGCAUCGCGGUGAUCGCCAAAGAGAACUAUCCCCUGUACAUCAACAGCGUCCCCACAGAGAACGAGCUCAAAUUCCACUACACGGUGCACACGUCCCUGGAUGUCGUGGAUGAGAAGAUCUCUGCUCUGGGGAAAGCCCUCAUGGACCAGAGAGAGCUCUACCUGGGGCUCCUGUACCCGACCGAAGACUACAAAGUGUACGGCUACGUGACAAAUUCCAAGGUGAAGUUUGUGAUGGUGGUGGAUUCUUCAAACACGGCACUCCGAGACAAUGAAAUCCGAAGCAUGUUCCGGAAGCUGCACAACUCUUACACAGACGUCAUGUGCAACCCCUUUUAUAAUCCUGGGGACCAGAUCCAGUCGAGGGCCUUCGACAACAUGGUGAUGUCCAUGAUGGUGCAAGUCUGCUGAAGCAUCCUGGCUCCGCCCCCCCCCCGAGGUUGGUCCCCGUGCAGGACUGUGUGAUGUUCUUUGUGUAUAUUCUGUGAAAUAAAGUCCUUUGGCAAGUCA